AUGGCCACGACAAUCACUACCGCAAGGCGCGUUCUUCUGAUAGGUGGAGGGAAUUGUGGGCUUGCACUCGCCUCCGGAUUGCAAAAGGCUGGGAUUCCUUACACCGUUUUCGAGUCCGACACUGAAGAUCAAUUUCUAAGGCGAACUAGAGACUGGGGCAUGCUACUUCACUGGGGCACCGAGUACUUGCAAAGACUGAUACCAGAACGUCUUCAUGGUCGCCUGAAUGAGAUCACAGUCGAUCCGAACUACGAAUUCAAGCCGAACGAGACGUUUCCGCAUCUCAAUGCCGACACUGGAGAAAUCAUCGGGCAGGUUUCUAUGCCCACUCUGACGCGAGUAUCUCGGUUGAGACUGCGGACAUUCUUGAGCAGGGAACAAGACCUCAACAUCCAGUUUGGCAAACGUCUCAAGACAAUCUCCCCAGACUCAUCCUCCGAGGACGUUUCGGUUAGUUUCGAAGAUGGCGCCCGAGUGAAAGGUGCCUGUAUCAUUGGAUGUGACGGAUCCAGGUCACGAGUUCGAGAAGUUCUCUGCGGAGACAAGGCCAAACCUCAAGAUGUAGGUGUCACGAUGAUCAACCACAAGGCGAGAUAUCCAGCAGAGGUAGCCAAGUUGUUGAGGAUGCAUCAUCCCAUCGUGAAAUUAGGGUUUUCCAAAGAUCAAGCAGCAGCGCUGGUGGCAGUCGUUGACGCCUCGGAUAAAGAUUGCCCUGAAAACUGGUAUUUCCAGACAUAUUUCGCAUGGUGGGGUCCUCCAUACGCAGAGGACCUGCAAGAUCCCCGGGAACGCCUGAGGUACUACAAAGAGAGAGCAUCUAAGCUUUGUGAGCCGUUCUGCAGCGCCGCAUUGGCCCUGGGUGACGACGAAGUGGUACCAGUCGACGCAGGGCAGCAGUGGGCGCCUUUUCAAUGGGACAACAGGGGUGGUAGAGCUACGUUGGCAGGGGACGCGGCACAUUCAAUGCUUCCCCAUCGAGGUCAGGGAUUGAACAAUGCCAUGAAAGACGCUAGCGAGAUCGUCGACGCUUUGACAGCAGUCUACAAGGGACAGCGUUCUUUGGAAGAAGCAAUAACGUCGUACGAAAGCGAAAUGAUACCACGAGGCGCAAACGAGAUACGACUGACUCGCAUCGUGGCAGAGAAGAGAAGGGACAUGGAGAACAAGGACCCUUUGAUACUGAGAGGUCUACAGAAAGCUGAUCCAAACGCAGAAUCCUGA